AUUAGAAAGUCACGUGCUCCGACGCCACAGCAUCCUUUGACAAGCUAGCGGAUUAAAGAAAUUGGGCAGAGGUCCAGCACCGUGCCAAGAGAGAGAGAGAAAGAGAGCGAGCCAGUGGCACAAAGAAGCGCUCUGCUGGCGGCUCUGGGAAACGUCGCUAAUAGCAAUUAAAAGAGGAGGGCGAAAAUAAAGCUGAAAGAGGGACGCCUUUUGCACGACUUGCGGAAGCACAGGAACCAGCAGCGAAGAUUCCCAGGAGAGAGCUGCGAUGUCAGAAGUUGUCCCAGAACCACGCCAGAAGCCGACUGUGCCGGCAAAGCCCACCUGUGCGAACAUAAGCAUGGGCUCACAACUGCUGGGCUAUGUCGGUAUCGACACUAUUAUUGAGCAAAUGCGUAAGAAGACCAUGAAGACAGGAUUCGAUUUCAACAUCAUGGUUGUCGGCCAGAGUGGACUUGGCAAGUCCACACUUGUGAACACACUGUUUAAAUCACAAGUGAGUCGAAAAUCUUCAAGCUGGAACAGAGAAGAGAAAAUCCCAAAGACUGUCGAAAUCAAGGCCGUGAACCACGUUAUUGAAGAAGGUGGAGUUAAGAUGAAGUUGACCGUCAUUGAUACUCCAGGGUUUGGAGACCAAAUCAAUAACGAAAACUGCUGUGAUCCUAUUGAGAAAUAUAUCAAUGAACAGUAUGAAAAGUUCCUCAAAGAGGAAGUCAAUAUUGCUCGGAAAAAGAGGAUCCCCGACACUCGUGUGCACUGCUGCAUGUACUUCAUCUCUCCUACUGGACACUCACUGCGGCCGCUGGAUGUGGAAUUCAUGAGGCACCUCAGUAAGGUGGUUAAUAUCAUUCCAGUCAUUGCUAAGUCUGACACCAUGACGGUGGAGGAGAAACAUGAUUUCAAGCAGCGGGUCCGUAAAGAACUGGAGUUCAAUGGCAUUGAGUUUUACCCCCAAAAAGAAUUUGAUGAAGAUAUGGAGGAUAAGGCAGAAAAUGACAAAAUCCGGGAGAUGAUGCCUUUUGCUGUAGUAGGUAGCGACAAAGAGUACCAGGUCAAUGGGAAAAGGGUACUUGGGCGGAAGACACCCUGGGGAGUUGUUGAAGUUGAAAACCUGAAUCACUGCGAGUUUGGUCUUCUGCGAGAUUUCUUAAUCAGGUCCCACCUGCAAGAUCUGAAAGAAGUGACCCACAACAUCCACUACGAAACCUACCGUGCCAAGAGGCUGAAUGACAAUGGCGGGUUGCCACCUGUGAAUAAUCCGGACUCAGAAGAACAGCACGAGAGCAACUUGUGAACAGGAGGCCUGUUACCAACCCCCUCCACCCAAGCCCCAACCAUUGACCCUGCACCCUUUUCCCUCACUGCACCUGCAGCGUCUUCCCAAAUUUUUUUACUGAACACUUUUAUCUGUGUAUCUAAAUGGAAGUGCAUGUAUGUAUGCGGGAAGUGAGCUUGUUUUCCUAGGCCAAAAGAAAUCCUCAGAUAUAUUUUUUUAAAUGUAUUUUUUUUUUAUUUUACUUUUUCAUCUUUCCACACUUUAAUGAAAGCUGAGCUUCAGUUCAUUUUUCAAGUCUUAAACAUCUCCAACCACACAGAAACUGAGUUCCAAAAUAAUUAUUUGGUUUACCUUCCUGUGUCCAAAAUAAUAACGUACAUGUCGACGCAGUAACAUUGUUUGGAGGACAUUGCAUUCAAAACUGUUAAUGUAUUGUAAAACUGUUAUGCACUAGACCUUCAAUAACCAUUGGCUCUAUAACAAAUUUACUGAAACACCAUGAUUGAAAUGUAUUUUCCAUUAAUUCUUUGAGGGCUGAAUAUUUUUUCCAAAAAACACAGUUUUCUGAAAAGCACACAAAGCAAUGGUUUCACACAAAAAUCAACAUAAAACAUCUGACGCUGCUCGAGCUGCUCACGGGCAGUGGCGGCCGCAGUCGCAGAACAGCGCAAUGUGGUUUGUACCUCUUAACAUUGUAAGCGGCAGCUACAUGAACGUGUUCAGCACCACGAUCAGCUGAUGCUGAUACCUCGCUUUCAUUUUCGAUUACUUGCACCAAAAUCAGAGUCUGACAAGUCAGAGUUCAAUUCAGCGAUAAUAUAUUAAACGUUGUUCACGGAGUAUUUUACUUGGCGCAUUUGCUUAGAUCUCUCUCCAGACGUCGAUGCCAUUUUCCCCAUUGUUUGCUCUUUGCUACUCAUGUGAGCGCUGGGAAUCUCAGUCAAACCAACAUAGCUAAAUGUCCUUUAAGCAAAGAGAGUCAAACUAAAAUAUAAGGUGCUUUUUUUCACCGUUUACUGCUCUUGACAAAAGUCAACAUCUGCCCUGAAAAAGUUAAACUAAAAAAGCUCAGAAACAUUUAUAAGACAUUUUAACAUUUAAUGCAAAAAAUUUAAAAAUCUGCAGCUUUUAUUAGUUUUACCCAACUUUAAUAAAGGAAAACUCAACUGUAUCAAUAAGGCUCUUAGCUAUGUAAUCACAAUUCACUUUGUGGCCCCUAUUUAAAUAGAUUAAUUGUUUCUGCACUUAAUCUGUAGAUGCAGAAAUAUGCAGCACAGAGCAGCAAGUUUGUUUUUGUUUUUUCUGUGAAAUUCUAAAAUAUGAAUAUCGUCAUCAAAGUUAUCAGGAGUCAGUACUUUCUCCUUCAUUCCAUUCUGUUCAUUUUCUUGCUUAUUAAUAUUUUGCUGUCCUUUUCUUUUUGCAUACUUCUAGUAAACAAUUGAAUGUCUACACGUUAAUCACCACCUGUUUAAGUAGCAGCUUUAUUGAUUAAAGGAGGGUACUGAUUAGAGGUUUAGAAAAUAAUUAUAAAUAAAACUAACAACACCCAUUGUUUUUGCACUAAUAGCAUAAUUAGGUUUAUCAGCACAAUCCUACAGAUCAUUUUCAAUUUAAAUCUUUACUUGUGACUUGACUUCAUAAUGAGCUUACUUAUUUGGAGAUUUCACUGCGCACAAAGAUGCUUUUGUAACUGUGUAUCAGUGCACCACACUGCACUUAAUAACCAAUCACAUCACUUCUUCUCAAAUUCACUGAAUCUGACCAAUCAUAUGCCAUGCGAUUGCAAAACUCAGCCUCUGCCACUGAGAGAACUAUCAGAUAAUUACUUGUGUAGGAAUGCUUCAAGCCCUCGGAGAAAUAACAACCAGCCCAGCCUCCCGAGCUACUAAGUGAUCAUUUUUAAAUUUGGCACUUGUAAAUUACAAGGAAAAUUAUCAGGAAUGUUGUCAUUAGCAUUUCUGAAUAUUUUAAGUGUACAAUUUUAGAGUUUUAGAUUAGUAUUUUUGUGUUUACUACCUUGUAAUUUGAUCACAGUCUACAUGAUCUGAGUUGUCAUGCAGGGCCUGCUUCUAGGUCUGUGUAGUUGUCAUCAGUGUUAUAUCAGCAUUUAGCAGAGAAUAUAAAAACAGAAAACAAAAUGUAUAAAUCACUAUCAAUCACCCAACCAAAUUACUCUUCAAAUUAAGACCCUCAUCCAAGCACUAAACCACACUGUCUGCUGCCUCCCAGAUUAUUUUAUUGAAAAUCUAGGCACCCUAAGUGUAAUGCUGGCAUAUUACAGACCAUACUGCAGGGCAUUAGCUUUGCUCGAGGGCCCAAUGGAGUAACUACUGGCAUUUAUGGGAUUCGGACUGGCAACAUUUUCGAUUACCGGCGCAGAUCCCUAUCUUCAGAGCCACCACUCUGCCUCUCACAGAUCACACAAGCACUUUAAAAAAAGUAGGCUCUGCUUUAGUGCCACUUCCAUUACUGUUCAAACAAUGCUUUCCUUGCUGUGUGCUUCUUAAAUCCACGGUUUUCAAACUUUUUUGAACAAGUACCACUCCGCGAGGACCAGUAAACUGAAGUACCACUGUCAAUGAAUCGUUAAUUUACACCCAUGUUGUUUUGAAGAAAAAGUCACUAUAAUCACUAUAAUGACUAUAAUUAUGACGUUAAAGUGAGAUUAAACUAAUUAAGGAAAUGGGUGCCCGCGCUAAUAAAAGCCGGCUUGGAGUCUUCCACGCAUUUACAGUAGUAUACUUAUAGUAUACUGUAUAUGAUUAUAUGCAACAUAUUGGCAUUCUAGCAACAUCGAUUCGUGGAAAAUAAAGGACCACACGAGUACCACUUGGCAUGACUUGAAGUAUCACCAGUGGUACGUGUACCACAGUUUGAAAACCUUGGUCUUAAACCACGUUAAAUGUUUCAGUGAAUUUUUACAGAGUUUUCAAAGUACUCUCACUGCACAUGCUGAUGCUUGACAGUGUUCUGCCCAUCCUCUGAGCUAGACAAUAAUCAUCUUCUAAAUGGUGCCUUGUCUGUGACACAUAACAACACUGUAGCUUUAGAAAUAAUUCUAGACAUAAAAGGUACUGCCCAAUGAGCAUUCACAAAAAAAUAUUUAGAAACCAUUUGCCAACUAAAUAUAUUCUUGGAAGGGUAAUGUACACCAUUAAGGUUUACAUACUGUAGGCAGAAGAAGGAAUUCAACUGAUAUAGUAAAUCUACUUUAGAUCCUAUAGGACCAGAAACUAUUAGCAUGGAAAUCAAAAACAAAAUUUAGGUACUGCAAAAGCAUCUCUUACUCGUUUACUGUUAUGUAACAAGACCUUAAGAAACACUUUAGGUCUUCAUAACACCUGCAAAUCAUCAGUAAAGUGUUUAUUCAUCUCUGCAAUGUGUCCUGCUAACAGAACUUCACUUUGGAGUGGUCUUGAUAGUACAUAUUUAGUGUAAGACCUGUGAGUCCUUCACAUUAGCAAGUUAUUUUACCAUCACGUCAAUUUGCCACAACGGAAAGAGAUAAAUAACUGAUCUACUGAUCAAGUGUUAUGAAGUCCAAAAGAAGCCUUUGUUAAGGUCUUGUUACAUAAGAAUACAUGAGCAAUAGAUGUAUUUUUGUGCUACCUAAACUAAAGUGUUUUCCAAAAAGUGAAUGUUCAUAGACAGAUAUAGAUACUUUAUUAAACCCAAAGGGGAAAUUCACAAUUCAUAGUACCAAACUGGAAUCCCACCAGCCAUUGUUUUUACAAUAUGGCAAUUCAAGUUAGGCCUUAACAUUAUACCUAACAAUAGGCAGGAGAGAGGUCAUUACAGAGAAAUAGGCCAUUGAAUAGGUGAUGAAGUGUCUCUCUUGGAGUGCCAUGGUUAUUGGUGGUCUAGUGUAUUUGUACAAAAUGAAAACUCUCAGUUUUAUUAGACACAGAAGCAAUACGGCCUGUCCACACCUCCCUGUCCCCCCUGUCUUAGGCUGUGCUAUGUCUUCAUGGUGCUAAUUGUUGUAAACAACAGUAUUUCUGUUUAACUGGCAAUGUCUAAUACUUUAGAAACAUAUCUGCCAGAGGACAGGCAUUUUACAUUUGAAAAUAUAUGAUUGACAGAUAGUUUGCCCCUCUUUUUGUUCCCUAUGUUAUAAGAAAAAAAAAACCUAACCAUGAAAGGUAAAUAAUGUAAGCUGAUGUCUCAAAAAUGCAUUACGUCUCUGAUCAGUACAGGGAAUGUGUAUACCUUUGCUGCAAAUUUAUUUAGAAAUCAUUAGUUGCAGAGAGGGAAACUGUGCAAUCUCUUGCAGUUAUUAAAACAAUUCAAACCAAAGUACUCUGCAUAUUUUCAUCCUCAGAUGGAUUCCCGUCCAUGACUAGAAAAGCCCCAGCCAGCUGUGUCCAACGUGGGGGUUUGCUGCAUAGGGCAGUGCUGUGGCCAUCCGUGGGGUUUUCAAGUAGUGGACACUGCCUGCUGACUGUAAGUCUGUACAUGAGCUUAUGGCAUAGCUUUUCAUUUUUUUUCUUAGAAAGCCACGAGUAACUAUGAGUGAGUAAAUGGGCCAUUGCUUACUCUGGGUAAGACUGAGGGAUGUUCACAAUUUGUAGAAUAUUACAUUUGCUUCUAACAGCAAUUUUUGCAUAAUUCAGACUGAUAUUAUGGAGGGCAUGUAAUCUUGAAGUUCAGAAUUUGGAAAAAAAAAAUGCAUACGUUUUAUAAUUGGAAGCUGUCAUUCUCUGAAGCCAAGUGUUUGAGGUGUGUACCCUUCAGUUUGAAUAAUCUUGGAUAAUGGCGUCUGACAGCUAGGCUUCUCUGUCAGUGUUACAAAUGUGUAGUGAAGCGUGAGUUUGAAAACUCUGUGGAAUGGUGUGUGCAUAGCAUGUAGCACAAGUACCAUUUAUUUUUUACUCCUAAAGGCCACAGGGAAUGACUAUUAAUUACAAUGCCCUUGUAAGUCUUUGUACCCUUAGGUCUACCUUGCAGCAGAUCUUUAGCUAACAGGAUUUUCUAAAAUUUUUUUGGCCAGACCUAAAUAUUUAUUUAAAAAGGACUGCUAUCCAAGUGAAAUAGCUUGGAAGACAUAACUGCAGUGAAAUGGCUGGCUAUUACUUUAAUCAUCAUAUCAUCAUUCUUGUUAACUUGUCAUGCUCUAAUAUAUCCAGUUCACAAGAGCAACUAAGAAAAUUACAGCUAAAGUGGUGGUGACCUCGGCUUGAAUAAAGUUGUCUUUACAACUGUGCAAACAAAAAUGAAUAAAGAAAUAAAGAAGAGCUCCAACGUGCAAAGGUUUGUGAGCCUAACAUCUGCCCACCUUCAAGAGCGAAUUAUAAAGCGGCAGGCGAAAUAAGAAACUCUUGCAUUUGAUCUGACACGUAUGAAAUAACUGAAAGCUUUAUUUUAUGUAUGUCAAUAGUAGUGUCAGUAUUUUUACACACACGAUAUGACGUACUGACUCCAGCUAAAGACUUUUCAUAUCUGGUCUUUGGGCAAGUGCAGUGCUGUCAUUUCUGAGCGAGUUCUUUCACUCGGCGAUCCAUAAAUAAAUAUUCAGCCACAAGCCGUGUGCAAUUUCAUAUCUUUCAAACAAGUCGCACACUAUGUGUUAGCUUUUUACAGCUUUCAAUUUUUAGACUGUUUUUUUUUUUUAUAGUGAUUUGAUCAGAUGGCAGUCUCAUGGCAGCUCACCAAGCCUGGAUGAGACCCCUGAGCCAGAACAAAUUAGAGGGGUAAUACUGACUAAUAGGACCACUGCAGCUGAUAUUCCAUUGCGUAGUUUUAGUGUAGAGGAUGCUGACCCCCUGAUUUCAUUCACCCCUCUCUUUAUAGUAUAGAACAUAUCUUUGAUAAUGGAAACUUAUCAUCCUUUUUUAGUUAGAAUUACAACAUACUUUCUUAUUAAUAAUGGUGUUCUUAUUUCACCUUUGUUGAUAUCAUCCAGCCAUCCACUUUCUGACUAUGUUUAUUCAGUAAUAUGGUUAGAAAACCCAAAUUCUCUGAUAGCACCGGACACCGUUUAGUGUCAUUUUAGAGUCGAUUCAAAAUGGAUAUUUUAGGAAUAUGGGACGAAGCUGGAAAAAAAAAAACACACACAUGAGCAGACUCUUCACUGGUGGCGAGCUGCUGAGAGUCAACCCCAGGUGCCCAGAGCCGUAAAAAUAGGAGCAAAAAAAACACUACCACCAUCAUUUGUAUUUUCCCAGAUGUUAAAGAAAAAUCACUAUGCCUACAAAAAUAAACCUUCUGUGCUGUGUUCCGUUAAGAUGGAUUUUAGCAAUCAAGGAUAUAAUUGCAGGCCAUCUCCCUGAGUGUAUUGUUUGGAAGAUAACUUGUUUUUGUUCUUGUGUUACUUUACAUAGCAGCAGCAUUUCAGUAGUGAUUUGAAACGGAGCUGAUUGUUCCUUUCUUAAAAUUUAACAAUGAAAUCUCCCAUGUAAAGUAAAGCCAAAAUAAAUAUUAGUUGGAUAAUAAUUGCAUCAGUAAACCCAAACUCUGCAAUACACCAUUUGGUCCUGGUAUCCACCUUGUGCCCGAUGCUGGCUAAUAGAGGGAUAGACAGAUCCAGACUCACUGCUGUUCACACAACCAUAUCAAAUUGAAGUGUAGAAGCCAUAUGUUUGAUUGGGAGGACUAGCCCUGUAAAGCAUGCUGUACAAACCCUGCACAAUCUUCACAUUUCUCCUGCCUUAAAUGAGUGUACAGUGGCAUAGACCUGCUGACAUGUACAGUUAUAAGAGCACUAUGAGUGUCAAAUCUGCUGGCAGGGCACACCAUCACCUGAGAAAAAGUUUUAAAUACAAUGCAAAAGUAAUAACUUACAGGUAGGACAUUUUAUAGAAGUAAUUUAAACGACUAUGUGGUCUUGAAUGAGCAUCAAAUAAACAUCACAUAUUACGCCUGUUCAUGAACAGUUAAUUUGUCAUACAAAAGCAGUUAAAUCGUGUUAACGGGGUUUAUGUGUGUAUCCGGUGCCAAGAUGAACAUUCGACUGCACAGUGUCUGUGCUUUCACAUUGGUGUAAAUCAGCCUUAGGCCAGAAAUGUAACCAUUUUAAUCCAGGGUUAACUCAUCUCAGACUAUGUCCUUGGGUCCUGGCUAAGUCAAUCCCAGAGUACAACCUUCUAGGAUACAAACACAACUCACAUAUUUGAGCACAUUUUCAACAUUGUAUUACUCUAAAACCCCAAUGGCCUCAGAUCAACUCCUCUCUUCUGCUUCCCACGCUGUUUAAUCUUACCUUACCUUUUAAGCUAUGUGGCUUGUGAAAUGUGCACACCACGAGUCCAGCAGCUGCUUUGCUUCCAAGUCUUUUGUUGAAUGAUACUUCCGCUCAGUCAUGUUGCCACUGUCUCCCUCACAUUUGUCUUGUUUGCCCAUCCAGGCUGAUGUCAAAUGUAUUUUCUGUUUAAAGGGCAUAAACAUUUUAAACACCUUGUCAUUGAUAUGUGAAAAGCCAUAUCUCAGAAAAAAAAAUUUAAUAACACAUAUCCCUCCCCACCCAAGAACCCCCAAAAUAUCACCCAAUAAAGACGUGUCUAGAGGUUUUGUGUUAUAUGUGUAUGUAAUUGACAUUAGGGGCUGUAUAGUUGUAGCGCUGCUACAAGAAUAAUGCUACUGUACUUUUUGUAAUUGUUGUUACAGUUUUGUGUACAAAAUGUGUAGUUUGCUAUUGUGAAAAGUAUUCUGAAUUUGCCAAAAGAACCUGUAUUAAGUGAAUGAAUUAUGAGUUUUUUUGUUUAAUGUUUUAUAUAUACAGUUUAUAUAUUUUUUCAUUAUGUUAUUAUUGUAUACUUAUGGUACCUGAGAGCAUCAGCCAAUUCAGCGUUACACAACUGUAGCAUAUCCUUGAAUCUUCAGAGUAAAUUGAACCAACAAAAAAAAGACAUCAAAAGCUGGAUAAUAACUAACACAGUUACAGUCAGGCCCAUAAGUAUUUGGACAGUGACCCAAUUUUCCUAAUUUUGGCUCUGUACCCCACCACAACGGAUUUGAAAUGAAACAAUCAAGAUGUGACUGAGGUGUACACUUUCAGCUUUAAUUUAAAGGGGUUACCAAAAAUAUUGUAUGAGCCAUUUAGCCAUUUUUACACACGGACCCAUUUUCAGGGGCUCAAAAGUAUUUGGACAAAUAGCUGACAAGCUGUUCCAUAGCCAGGUGGGAGCGGGUCCCUUGUGAUUUCAUUAACUAUUAAGCAGGUAGAAGGUCUGGAGUUGAUUCCAAGUGUGGAAUUUGCAUUUGGAAGCUGAACUCUCAAUAUGAGGUUCAAAGCAAAUAAAAAUCCAUGCAAAUAAAAACAGGCCAUCAUUAGGCUGAGAAAACAAAAGAAACCCAUCAGAGAGAGAGAGACCAGAAACACCAGGAGUGGUGAAAUCAACCAUUUGGUACAUUCUUAAUAAGAAGAAACACACUGGUGAGCUUAGCAGCACCAGAAGGUCUGGAAAACCACAGACGACAUCUGUGCUGGAUGAUCACAGAAUUCUGUCCUUGGGAAAGAAGAACCAAUUCACGACAUUUAGCCAAACCAAGAACACUCUCUGGGAGGUAGGCACUAUCACUGCCAAAAGUCUACAAUCAAGAGAAGACUUCAUGAAAGUAAAGACAUGGGGUUUGCAAGGUGCAAACCACUAGUAAUCGUCAAGCACAGGAAGGACAGAAUACUGUAGACUUUGCCAGAAAAUAUUUUUUAAAACCAGUCCAGCUUUGGAACAGUUUUAUUUGGACAAAUGAAACUAAAAUCAACAUACACCAGAAUAAUGGAUGGAGAAGAGCAUGGAGAAGAGAACGAGUGGCUCAUGAUCUGUAGCAUACCACAUCAUCUGUAAAACAUGGUGGAGACAGUGUUAUGGCAUGAGCAUGCCAAUGGAAGUUAGUCACUGGUGUUUAUUGAUGAUACGACAGCUGGCAGAAUUAGCAGAAUGAUUUCUGAAGUGUACACAGCUAUACUGUCAACUCUGAUAGGAUGACACUUCACAGUACAGAUGGACAAUGAGCCAAAACAUACUGUGACAGCAAACCCAGUGCUUUUCAAGGCAAGGAAGUGGAAUAUUCUUCAAUGGCCAAGUCAAUCAACUGACACCUAACAUAACAGGACAUGCAUUACACUUGCUGAGGAUAAAACUGAUGGCAGAAAGUACAGUAAAGGCCUGGCAAAGCAUCACUAGGGUGGAAACCCAGCACUUGGAGAUGGCUAUGGGGUCAGACUUAAGGUAGUCAAUGACCGUAAAAAGAUUUUCAAUCAAAUAUUGAAAAGGAUCAUUAUAUUUAUGAUAAGUUUGUCCAAAUACUUUUGCGCCCCUGAAAAUUGGAGUACCAUGUAUAUAAAUGUCUGUCAUUCCUAAAUGCCUCAUAUGAUAUUCUUGGUAACCCCCUUGAAUUAAAGUUGAAAGUCUACACUUCAAUCACAUAAUGAUUGCUUAAUUUCAAAUCCAUUGUGGUGGCGUACAGAGCCAAAUUUAUGAAAAUCUGUGUCACUGUCCAAAUACUUAUGGGCCUGACUGUAUAAAAGGGACAAUCUAGCACCUUGCAUCAAGAAUGUAGUUCAAGUAUUUACCUUACUCUGGAAUGUUCUGCUCUUCUCCUUUUCAUGUAUUCAAAGCUCAGCUAGCCUGCUGUGGAAAUGAUGCAUUAUUGUAAAUUUUUACUUGCCGUUAAUAAACACUUAGUACUGUACAUGGAAGCUAGUUUAACUGAUUGGUUACGGUUUGGCUGUUCAGAGCACAAUGUGUUGCCUUUUUGAAUAAUAUCAUUUAAUGAAUGCAUGCUUUCACAUCAGAAGUUCAUUUCUAAUGCUUUUUAAUGGGUCACUGACCAGCCAGGGGCAGAAUCAUCAGGGGUUUUGGGUAAAGCUCAGGUCAGGGAAAAGACUUAUUGAAUGACGGUGACUGAUAGAAUCUGAUCUCCUAAGCCUCUAAAGCUUGAAAAAUGGGGCUUACCAAGACUGAGAAUGCCUGGGUAGUACCGCUUUAACAGCAUGAAAGUGGCGAAUGUAAAAGGUACAUGUCCUUAAUGUCAAGAAAAAAAUACGCAGUCGGCACAGAAAGUCACCAACCCUUUUCAAAAUGUGUACAUUUUGUUAUAUGACACUCUGAAAAGAAAACCAAAUUAAACUAGGUUGUUCCAUUUUUAUUUACACACAGUAAACCCCAUUAGCUAGUCGAAAAUAAUAUUCACAGUGCUUCAUUAAUAUUAUAAUUGUAAAAUACAUUAAGUGAGUUCCUGCUGUAGCAUCACCAAUCACUCUACAGAUGACACAACAAACUAGCACCCAUCAGUGAUCACUUGUGGUGAAUUUGAUUAAUUCAGAAUAAAAGCAGCUGUUUCUAGAGGAUUCCACUGCUGGAAAGAAGCCAUACAGGGCAGAAGAAAAAACUUAAGCGUGAAAAGGCACAAGUCAGGAGAUGACUAUAAAAGUCUUUAAGAAUCCCAUGGAGCCUGUGGGAUAGUUAAAGUCAAAUUAAGUGAAGGCACACAGCAUCACUCAUACAUAGGCAUCAGAAACAUUGUGAGCCCCUAUGCUCCUGGGGCCCCCCAUCCAGUGUCCAUUGUGCCCAUACAUUAAGAUGGUCCUGACCCAGACCCUCCUAAACCAGGCUAUCCCUCCAGAGUGAAACACCAAACAAAAGGAUAAAUAAUCAGUGGGGCUAUCAAGAGGUCAAAAGGCAGACCUUUAUGUGUGAUAUCCCGUGUAGUGGGAAAGUGUUCCCAACAUACACUCUGGACAUCUGAUAGUUCAUGAGGCGAACGGGAUCAGAGGAGAGAAGAGAUGCCAACCAAAAUUGAAGGAUGAAAGGUGCCAAUUUUAUUUACAAAGAAACAGCAGUGUCAGGUGGGCUUUGUUUCACAGUCCUUCAGUGCUGACACUCCAUCAAAAAGCUAAUAGAAGAAGAAAGGAAAAAAUAACGGAAAAAAGUGUGUACUUACAGUAAGUACAGGGUGAACCAGAUCUAAUUAUGCAGAUCGUCUGGAUGACUUUGAUUUAUGCGGGGACGAUUCCAGUUCGGCGCAAAGACGAUUCUUCAUGUCAUCAGUUCGCACACUUCUCGAUGGUCCGGGAUUUUUCAGGUGAUUUUCUAUGUAAUAAACCUAAGUUAUAGCGUAAUGAAAAUUACAUAAUUAGAUCUGGACCACCCUAUACAGUGCACUCCUACCCUUCUCUAUACAAAAACUACACACACACACACUCCAAAAAUAAAGGCAGUCUUUCUUCUUUAUCCCUAGCUCAGGAAGCUCCUCAAAAAGGGAUAAAAUAGAGGAAAAAUAUCCAUCAAUCCAUCCAUCCAUUCUCCAACCCGCUGAAUCCGAACACAGGGUCACGGGGGUCUGCUGGAGCCAAUCCCAAUCAACACAGGGCACAAGGCAGGGAACCAAUCCUGGGCAGGGUGCCAACCCACCGCAGGACACACACAAACACACCAAGCACACACUAGGGCCAAUUUAGAAUCGCCAAUCCACCUAACCUGCAUGUCUUUGGACUGUGGGAGGAAGAGGAAAAAUAUGUACAAAAGAAAUCAAAAAGAAAAAUAAUUGCAUCAAACCCAAAAGAAAAACUGUCCAAAAACCAAAUAUACGUAUAUACUGUAUACGUCCACCAAAACUAUCACUCGGAGAUACAUUAAUAAAAUAAUAAAAAAAAAAAAACAGUACUUACAAAGCCGUCAAGAGUCAAGUAAAAUGGCAAUUGCUCCCUGAAUAGCUCAGCAGUGCCUAACCCUACCUCACCUUUAGGUCCAAUGACGACACCCGUUGGCCAGCAAACUGCCUAAAUAUAACCGGCAAGGUUAUCCAGCCGGUCCCACCACCCCCGGCUGCCCCAUGCACCUAUCCAAGUCUACACUGGUGCGUUCACGCCACGCGCUGGGUAAAUUUCCAUUUAAAAAUCGAACCCCUGCCGUUCAGUGUGGUGGGUGCGGGACUGCGCUAUCAGCGCAUGCUCCCAAUGAACCUGCGGGUCGUGCCCACAGGCCCCACAGAGAGCCAACCGCUAUGCUGAGCUCAAGGUUGCCGACGCUCCAGUUAACUAAAACUUACUUACUUAGACUACGGGAUCUCCAACUCUUACUCAACCUCAGUUACAAAUGCAAAUGCCGGAUUUUUCUUCCAGGCGCACCACACUUUAAACCGCCUACUGGCGUGUGAACUUGAACACCUGCUGAGGAGCCCGUACUGGCCAUUAUACCGGUUCUCCAUGUGAGUUGAGAGCCCCCACGCCUCACAGCGCGUUCCUGCGGCAGUGCCGUUCUUUUACGCUGGGGUCCUUUUACUGUUAUAUGCAUAAAGGUUCAGUUUAGCGUUACUUUAUCUUAAAUUGGUACGAUGUGACAAACAUGCAACAAGUUCCUCACAAAUCUGGCCUGUAAAAAGGCACUACUUAAAAAGAUCACGUCAGUAUUGGUUUAUGUUUUGCUAAAAACACCUCUAAGAUUCUGUGGCCAAGUCAAAACUGGUACUGUGGUCAGAUUAGACUGAAGUUGAACAUCUGGGCCAGGAUAGGAUUAAACAUUUUUGUAUGGCUAAAAUUUUGUUCCGAUGUUCUAAUGCAAAUUGACACAUCUGGCAAAACCCUAAUACACCCCACCAUCCAUAAAAGCUCAAUUUUUACAGUAAAGAACAUAGGUGGCAGCAUUUUUUGGGAAGGGUUGGGGAUGAAUUUGUCUUCUGUUGGCACUUUGGUACAUGUUACAGUAGAUGAGAGAAUGGUUGUAAAAUAUUGGCCAGUUAUUGAAGAAAACUAGUGAGGAAGUUAAAUAUAAGAAGAUGAUCCAACCUUCAAUGUGACAAUGACCCAAAGCACAGAGCCAGAGCAACCAAACUGUAGCUGGAGGACACAAAGGUGAUGGGGACUCUGGACUAGGACGCACAAAGACAAUCUAAAUUCUCCUGAAAAUCGUUGGAAUGACUGGAAGAGAACAGUCCAUCAACGGUCACCGCAAUGUUUGACUGAGCUCGAACGAUUCAGUAAGGAGAAAUUGGUGUGCAAACCUGACAAGAGAUGAAUGCAAUAAAGAGAGGCUGUAAUUCAAGCAAAAAGGUACUUCACACUCAGGUGGGCAUUCUCUUAUACAACUCAGUUAUUCUGUUAUUUUCUUGCUUUGUUUGUCGCUUGGAUUUUUACCAGAUGCAGUCUGUAAAUACAACUGACAAAAGUCUGAUUUUAUUAAUCUUCUUUGUGGGCUAUGCAAUAAAAAAUGGCAAGAAUAUUAAAA